CAGCGGGGAAACAGCAACGCGCAGCCAAGGUGACGAUGUGGUCCGGGACAACCAAAAGUUGAAGGCUUCGGAGGUGCCAAGACUUUUCGGCGCUUUGCCCGCGGAAGUGGCUGAUGUAAUCACCGCGGCGAUUCCGGUCUGAUCAGCUGUUGCUGCUGCUGCUUCUUCACUUGUUCAGAUUUGGUGCGUUGGACGCGAUUAUUGGAGACCGACAUGAGCAGAAGGCAUGUGAGCGCUCUUUACACCAAUACUGUUGCCCCGGUAUGUGCACCGCGUCGGAUCCCGAGAUGCUUCUCUACCGUCGGCGUGCGGCAAAAUGCGGCAACCAAGACAGCUGAAGGCGAGGACGCCUCCAAGACGCAGAAUGAGCAGCCGGAGGAAGAGGGCGCUAUGGCGCGGAGGCUCUCGGAAAUGACAGAACAAGCGAUGCUGGAAGGAGGCCGGUCCGCGCGCAGAAACAUGCAACAGGCGGGGUUCUCGGAGGAGUUGAAGCAACAGCUGGAGGAGAGAGUGGCGGCGGCGGCCUUCAAGAAUGAACAUGCGGCUGCGCACUCUAUUCUCGACAUGCCGUCAAGCGCAGGCCAAGGAACGCGAGACAUCGCCGGAGCUCAGGCAUGGACCGGGACAGAGAACACCCACGACAUAACCCUCCGUAUGCUGGACGAUUCCAAGAAACGGAUCCGCACGCCGUACAAGAUCCCCCGACCGCAGCCGGUCGAUAUGCGCAUUAGCUCGAAGCCCAAAGGGUCCACUGGAAUGCGUCUCGCGACCGCCAAAGAGCGCACUGCAACAUACACACUAAGUCAAACUCAGGGAGUAUCGGAUGAAGAGCGCGAAGCCAUGCGUCGAGAGAUGCGCGAGCGGUUCUCACCCGGCGCGCGACCUAUGCCUGCCACGCUGCAGGGCUUGACGGCGCUCGCGAACGAGCGGAUCGAGGAUGCGAUGGCGCGCGGCCAGUUCCACAAAAUCAAACGAGGCAAGGGCGUGAACACCGAGACCGACCACAGGGCCAAUAGCCCGUUCAUUGAUACUACCGAGUACUUCAUGAACAAGAUGAUCCAGAAGCAGGAGAUCGUGCCGCCGUGGAUCGAAAAGCAACAGGAGUUGGCCAAGGAAGUUGAUCGGUUCCGGUCACGCCUGAGAGCGGAGUGGAGACGACAUGCUGCACGGCUAAUUGCCAGCGAGGGAGGGUCUCUGGAUGCGCAGAUGAGACGGGCUGAUGCGUAUGCGGUUGCGGAGGCGCGGUUGGCGGAAAGAGCCAAGAUAGAGCAGGCGUUCCGCGAUGGCGACAGUCUGGCGUCUUCGGAUGCGAAUGUCUCUGGAGGGCAGGAACCUUCAGAAGCAUCCACCGCCCAGAAAGACCCAGAUGGUGCAACUGCUGAGCCGCAGGAGAAAGAGCAUAUACCCUAUGUUUCGCCCCUGCGUGAUCCGCAGUAUAUGAACACGGAGCGUUCGUUCCUUGAGCUGACUGUCAAGAACCUCAAUGCUUUGACUCGGACCUACAAUCUUCAAGCGCCUCCGGUUGCACAAAAGCCCUACCUCAAUCUUGAGCGUGAGCUAAAUGCUUGUUAUGCUGAGGUGGCCCCAAGUUUGGCCGAGGAGAUCAGGCGACGUGCGACUGAAAGAGCUCGCCCCAAAGACUCGGGUCCCAAAGCGGCCAGCAUCCUGGAGUCUCUGAGCACCUCGAGCAAUGUUCGUGUCUAUGAGGAGGAUCAUUCCAAGGGCUACGGGUUCAAGCAAUUCUGGCGAGAUCUCUUUUCGAAGAAGGAAUAGAGAGCCCUUGUAUAUACAUCAAGGAUAUACUAUGUACGAUACGACCUUGCAUGAAUAGACCUGGAACCUCUCCAUUG